CUCGCUAGUAGUACUAUUUAAGUGCUCCAUCGCCCCCUCUCCCCUUUCCCAUCCAAUUCCCACCACUCUGCAAAAACAAAAGGAGAAAAAUAAAAAGAUGCCUCUAGAAAUCGAUCAAGCUGUGGAACACAUCCAACACCUCAACCUCUUCGAGAUCCGCGGACGGGAUAAUGACCAGCGCAAAAUCCUCCGCAUCGUCGGCAAAUACUUCCCUGCUAAGGUUGUGAGUGUUGAAAGCGUGAAAAAGUACUUGGAGAAGUAUAUCUUUCCUGAGCUGGAAGAGGAGCCCUUCUCCAUCGUGUAUUUCAACGCCCGAGUGGAGAAAAAAGAGAACUUCCCCGGAAUCUCUGCUCUCAAAUCAAUCAACGACGCUAUUCCGGUCAACGUUCGGAAUAAUCUUCAGGCCGUUUAUUUCGUCCAUCCUGGCCUUCACUCCAGGCUCUUCCUCGCCACCUUCGGCCGCUUCAUCUUCACCGGAGGGUUGUAUGGGAAAUUCAAGUACAUAAGUUGGCUGACUUAUCUCCGGCAACAUGUGAGGCGGAAUCAAAUUGAGAUCCCUGAAUUUGUUCAAGAUCAUGAUCGACACUUGGAGCUCCGUCCGACGAUUGAAUAUUGUCUGGAGAUUGAGCAUCCGAGGCCCCGUUGUUCUCUCAUCCAAUCCGAUUCUGCUUUCGAUGUUUACUCCAUGAGGUGCAUUGCCUGAUAAUAAACAGUCCAGGCGACAUUCUGUGUCUAGAUAUAAAUAUUAUUGUGAGAUAGAUGAAGGGGAAAAAAAAAAGAGAGAACUUUUAGUAAUCUUUAGCAUAGGAGGGCGAUGAUCUUUUUUUUUUUUUUUGGUUAAGUUUUUGCCUUUUUCGCUUUUGCUUUUUGGUCUGUUUUCGGAUGAGGAGUUGUUAUCGCCUUCAAUGUUUUGCGUGUUUGUGUAGUUGUACAGAUGUCUCAAUGAGAGGUAGGUAUGGUCGAAAUAUUAGUGGUGAUCACUUCCCGUGCAAAA